AUGGCAUAUACACAGGUACAUCCAUUUAGUGCACCUAAUCAACCACAAUAUCAACCACAAUACCAGCCACAAUACCAACCACAAUACGAACCACAGUAUCAACCACAAUACCAACCAAGGGCCCAACAGUUUGCUGUAACAAAUCAACCACAAUACCAACCACAGGUCCGUCCAUUUCAUGAUUUUAAUAAUAACUGGACGGUGGGCUUGUGUGAGUGUUGUAAUAAUUGCGGUCAAUGUUGUUAUGCUUAUUUUUGUUGGUGUUGUUUUGUUGGAUCAUUAGCUAAAGAUAUCGAUGAAUCCAUAUGUUCAUGUUGUUGUCUUAUGAAUGUACUUGCAGUUUAUCGCAUGAAAGUUCGAUCUGUUCUUAAAAUUCGAGGUGAUUCAUGUUCGGAUUGCUGUGUUGUAUGCUGGUGUCCAUGUUGUGCUGCUCUUCAAAUGCGCAAUGAAUUAAAAAAUCGUGGCAUGGCAUAA